AUGGAUCGUACUUCGAUGUACAAUAGGGUGCAUGAAAAUAGACGCGGAUUGAAAAAGGAGUAUGUUAAUGGUGUUAAAGAUUUUGUGAAGAGGGCUUUGAAACAACCGAUUUGUAUAUCUGAGGGAGGGAUAAGGUGUUCGUGUAUAAAAUGCAAGUGUAUGAAGAUAUCUGCAGCAACUACUGUUAGACUUCACUUGUAUCGAGAUGGAUUUCAACCAGAUUAUUGGAUUUGGACUGAACACGAAGAAGUGAAGCUAAUGGUUGAAACAAGGGGUGGUUCGACUAGUAGUAGGAUUGUACAUCAUGACGACCAAUUUAAUGCAGUGGAUGAAAUGGUGUUUGAUGCUUUUAGGCCUUAUCGAGAUUUCAUUGAUGUGAACACUAACAUGGGAAAUGAGACAUUUGCUGAGGAUGAGUUGCCUAACGAAGAUGCAAAACGGUUUUAUGACAAGUUGAUAUCCACCAACAAGCCCAUCUACGAGGGGGCUACUCAAUCAAUGUUUUCAAUAUGUGUUCAACUUCUAGCAAUUAGGUCUAAUUGGCAUGUUCCACAAAAAUGUAUAGAUUUUGUUACAAAAAUGCUUAAAAGUGUAUGUCCAGUGCCAACAUGCUUGCUCGAUAACUAUUACCAAGCAACACAAUUCGUAUCAAAGUUAGGGUUGAAGGUUGAGAAGAUUGAUUGUUGUAAGAAAGGGUGUAUGUUAUAUUACAAGGAUGAUAACAAAUUAUCUGAGUGCAAAAUUUGUCAUUCUCCUAGGUUCAUUCCAUGUAAGACUGGUAUGGGAAAAUACAAAGAUGUUCCAGCAAAAAGAAUGUUUUAUUUCCCUAUCAUUCCUAGAUUACAAAGAUUGUAUGCAUCAACAGAGUCUGCAGCUGAAAUGAGAUGGCAUCACGAGAAUAAAAAGAGUUCAAACGUCCUUCGCCAUCCGUCUGAUGGAAAAGCGUGGAAACAUUUUGACGAUGUAUAUACUGACUUUGCUAGUGACCCUAGAAAUGUAAGGUUGGGUCUAUGUUCAGAUGGAUUUACUCCUUAUAUUCAAACGUCUGCUUCUUCAUACUCUUGUUGGCCAGUUAUACUCACUCCAUACAAUCUUCCCCCUGAAAUGUGCAUGACCAAACCAUACUUAUUUUUGACUUGUCUCAUACCUGGACCUUCUAAUCCCAAACAAAAUAUAGAUGUCUACUUGCAACCAUUGAUUGAUGAUUUGCAACGAUUGUGGUCCAACGACAUUUUGACCUAUGAUAUAUCCACAAAACAAAACUUCAUCAUGAAAGCAUGCUUGAUGUGGACAAUUAAUGAUUUUUCCGCCUAUGGUAUGUUAUCUGGAUGGGGAACACAAGGUAAGUUGGCAUGUCCUCAUUGUAUGGAAGACACAAAAGCUUUCACUUUGAAAUAUGGCGGUAAGAAUUCUUGGGCAAGAGAUAUCGGGGGGGUGAGUAAUUUUCCAAAAGUGACUGAAAUUGAUUGGAAAAAGAAAUUGAACGGGGAUGGAGUGGGUCAUAAUUGGAAAAAACGAAGUGUUUUUUGGGAUCUUCCAUAUUGGAAGGAUAACUUGUUAAGGCAGAACCUCGAUGUGAUGCACAUAGAGAAAAAUGUCUUCGAUAAUAUAUUUAACAUUGUUAUGAAUAUUAAAGGUAAAACAAAGUAUAAUGAAAAGGCGAGAAAAGACUUGUCUUUAUUAUGCUUUUGCGGGGACUUGGAGAUGAAAGUCUUAUCUAACGGAAAGAAGGGUAAACCAAAGGCAAAUUACACUUUGACAUCAUCAGAUGUCAAGUUGGUUUGUAAAUGGCUUAAGGAAUUGAGAAUGCCUUAUGGCUAUGCUUCAAACCUUGCUAGGUGUGUCAAUGUUGAGAAUGGUACGAUACACGGGAUGAAGAGCCAUGACUGUCAUGUUUUCAUGGAAUGUUUACUCCCAUGA